AUGUUUGGUAUUGGAAAACGAACCUACGAUUCAUCUAUAACAACUAUUUAUGUAUUUUUAUUUAUUCUUCUUGUCAAUCAAUUCUUUAUCGUUAAUUCGUUUCGACCUAUGUAUCAUGAUAUAAAUGAGAACGAACUGGACGAUGCAAGACGAGCAGUUAUACGACAAUUGGCACAUAAAAACUCUAUAUAUCCAGAAAAAUCAUUAUUUGGUGAUAAUGAUUUACAAUCACUCGCAAAACCAAGAUUUGAACGUCGAUUCUGUUGUAUGAGUCCAUUACUCAGUGGUCGAAAACGAUCAAUACAAGAUUUAACAAAAAAAAAACAAAUAAAAAAUCAACAAACAUGA